AUGACAAACCCUCAAGAUAACCCUGGAACUCCCCCACCAGUGUCUCCCUCAAACACAUCCUCAUCUACUCCUCCUGUUGAAAACCCAAAACCUAGUUUUCGUAGGCAAAAAAUGCUAGCCAGAAAAACAGUAGCUUCUGGAGCUUUUAGGAAAGCUCUAAAUGAAAAAUUGAAGGCUAGUCAGAAGAAGGAAAGUCCUGCUAAAGAAUCCGACUCAAGCUCUGAGUCUGAAGCAUUUAUUUCUGUCAGUGAAGGAGAACAACAUGGGUCUUUUGAUACUGAUAAAAAUCAAGAAACUCCUGGUGAGGUUGAUACUUGUUUUGUAUUUUCUGAUGUGGUAGAAAAGGAAGAUAAUAGGUUUGUUUUGGUUGGUCCUUUGAAAGAUGUAAAGGAGGCUGAGUCUAGUAGAAAGGGAAAGAAAAGGAAAGACAAAAUUCUUGCAAUCUGUGGAAGGGUAGAGGAGAGUGGCAAUAAGUCAGGGGGAAGUGGCUCCGGGGAGGCUGCUGAAGGUCUUCUUCAUUUGAGUAAACAACAAGAUGAACAUGGUUCAUUUGUUGAAGAAACCCUAGCUGACAUCUUGAAGAAGGGAAGAGCAACAAGAAGCAGGGUCAAACAAAGUGAGGAAGAGCUGCAGAAAGCACUGGAAGAAAGCAAGAAGAAAAAGAGGGAAAAGGAAAGGAAAAAGUUGUGGAGAGUGCUGAGGUUGCAGAAGAAGAAGAAGAGGAGAUGGACCUGGUCCAUCACGAAAGAAGAAAACUGA